UCAGUUGAUUCACAUCUCCAAGCGAAUAUUACUUAAUAUUAUAUUAAUUAAUAUAUUAAUUUGUAAAGCACAGCAUUUUCAAGGUUUUCCUAACGAAACAAUGGAUUUCAAGAAGCUGAAGAAAAUGGAGGAGGUGGUGCGCAUCGGCGGCAAAGGAUCUAUGCGCCGCAAGCAUAAGAGAUUCCCAUCCUCGGCUGCGGCCGAGAAGCGCGUGCAAGCCACAUUGGCCAUGUUGCCGUUGAAGAAUAUCGACGAAAUCGAGGAGGUGACCAUCGAGUUCACCAAUUCCAGUAAGGUUGUGUUAACCAUGCCCAGGGUUCAGAGCACCGCUGGCAAUUCUUUCUUCGUGGUUAGUGGCGAUUUCGUGCGCAAGUCGUCAACAGCUGGCCCAUCGAAAGUGGCCAAGGCAGCCAAUGCGCCCAAGGCACCCAUGCCACCUAAGCCACCCAAGCCGGAAGCUUUUUCCGACAAAAAGCCAGAAUCAGAGGAGUCCAUUAAGGUGGCCAAGAAGCCCAAGAAGCCGCGCAAUCGUGUUCGUCCUCGCAACAAGAAGGUCCAAAUGAUGCUCUCCAAAAACAAAGAGGACGCAGCCAUGGCUGGCUGGGAUUCGGAGCCGAAGCUUAGCAAUGGUAAACCAAUUUUGAUCUCCUCUGAAGAUGGCAGCGAUCCGGAUAAUGAGAAGGUGCCAUCGGAUGAGUCUGAUGUGGAUCGGACCAUAGUCUGCGACAAAGAUUCGCUGGGAAGCUUCGGCGAUGAUUCCGACGGCAAGGAGGACGUUGACACUACGGAGUCGAUCUACCUGUCCUCCUACUCCAAUUACUAUUAUUUGACGGAGCAGCUCUAUCCAAAUACUUAUCGCGUUCAGGUCUCAGAGGACGAAGAUUAGGCAUAUUCAUUUGUUGCUACAUUUGUACCAAUUUCAAAAAUAAAUCGUAUGAAUUGAGAAAGUUGAGACAGAAAAAGGUUCCAUAUUCUAUAGAUUUGUACUUUAAUCUCUUGGUGUUUAUUGAAAGCAUUGGUUUUCUCUACACUUAUGGAAAUUUUAAUGAUCUAUAGUUCCAAAAUAAAAAAAAGUUAUAAAUUU